GCAGGAAAGUUGCACCGUGCGAACAGGUGAAUUUCCAAGAGAAGGCGCGCGCGAAAUCGCAUCCGAAAGCCGAUCGGGAAAACGUAUCGCGUGCAUCAGUUUAGAGGUAAUAGGACCUUGCAGGGAAGAGAAAUAACCCGCCGUUGAAGAAUAUCCCAACUCGGCCUCUGGUUCAAGGCUCGCAAGUCUACGUUUACGUGCAAUUAAUCCCUAUUGUGUGCAGGCAUCGCGAGAGACGCGCAGACGGAAUUGUGCGGCAUCGUGCACACCCCCAGUUUCUCGUGUGUGAGCCGUGCUCCCGCGCGGCCAUUUACCAGAAGCCGGUUCGGAGGUUGCCACUGGUGCACUGGUGGAAAAGUACGUACUUAACGCGCUAUCGCGGAUCGACGCCGUUGGGUUACGAAAGACGCAACGAACGUGUUCUAAGCUUUUUUAACCCCGAGCCACCGUUCGAGCGGUCGCGGUCAGCGGCGAAAGCAAUAUUUUGACGUCGCGUCGAUUCGUGUUGUGCCCAGACCAAGACGGCGCCACUUGCAAUAAGUAGCGGUAUAUUCUCCUUUUUAUGUAUGAUAAACAACGCCGACAGUUGCAGCCCUUUGGAUGAUUUGACAUUCUUAUCAGACAUCGGCAUAGGGAUCGCACAGUGACUUCGCAUCGGAAGGAAUCGUUACGGAUGUCUCGAAGGACGUGCUCGUUUCGGUUUCCUGAGGCUAACCAGUGGGCUAAAGUCGUCGCUUUGUAACCUCCUAGGCCUAUUAAUAUAACGUUAUAGAGAGAAGAGGAACACCAGAUAUUUUGUUAAGAAUGUCGACUAUCGCGGACAAUGAAAACUGUAUUCCGGACAGUCAGGAGAUUUAUUGCGAAAAGUCUGAGAACCUUAUAAAGAACGUUAACCAGGUAGGGUGCGAUACUAGUGGGGCUUUGAACGAAAGUCAAGAUUUUCAUCUUUUUGACGUGGAGGAUUCCGAGGAUCUUUUAACUAACAAAUCUAAUUCGAGCUCUGAAAGGUUUAAACAACCCGAUGCCGAGGAGGUUAGCGAUAUUACGGAACCAGCUGCAUUUCGAGAGGGGACGCGCGAGAUCGAAAUCAAGGUCGACCAUACUUUGGCCCAUGAUAAGAAGGAAGUGUCGGAGGGAUCUAAUACUGAAGUAACAAGUAUAGAUGAAAUCGCAAAAUGUAAGGAAAAAACAUCGGAUGACGAAGAGGAUAUUAUUCAUGGAACUCCUCCGGAAAUCCAUUCUCCGUCGAAACGACAAGCUUCAAAUCUUGCCUCCGCGACUCAAAAACGUAAAGCCGAGGCUUUCGACGAACCGGCUUGUAAAAUACUAAAAAGCUCUUCGCUUAAAGAUAAUCCAAUUUUUGAUAGGGAUCGAUCGGAGGAAGUAAAUGAAGCACGACCUAUCGAUCCUGGAGAAUCAAAAGAUGUUAUCGAAGAUAGUCAAAUAUUAGAAAAGAUGGAUGAUUGUUUGCACAAAAAUUCAACUAAUUUAAUAAUCGCAGAGUCACAAGAUGCGGAGGAUGAAGUCGAGAUGGUUGGUGAAAAAAUUGUCGAUAGUGUUUCGGUGGAUGAAUCGAUUAAUAAGAUAAAUCAGGAGGAGGGUGGACACACGAAAGAAACCGAAUCUUUUGAAAAACAAAAGCGCGAAGAAGUCAGUGUUAUUGAUAAAGAAAGUAAGACUCCAUCAAAAACAGAUGCUAAAGAUGAAAAUUUAAACGAUUCUUUGAAACUAUAUAGAUCUGUGGCCAAUGAGACAAAUAAUGAGGAAAAAGUGAUCAACGUAAAUACAAUCGGUAAGAGUGAUUCCAUAGCAGAAAGUUUAAAACAAAUAGAUUCUCAAGAGUGUUUACCACCUGAUGACAAUGGAUGUCGACAGGUCGGUGCUUUGUUGGAAAAAAAAGAAGAAAAACUAAAUGAAGGGGAUACUACGAAGGCAAGUUUACCCGAGGCAGAACAAAAUCAUAGUAAAGCUCGUGAUGAUAUCACGAAAAAUAAACAAAUUGAUAAUAACGAAAUCUUGAACGAUAAUAAUAUUACAUCACAGAUAUCAAAAUCUAACGAAACGCUAUCCAAGAUCGACAAUUCCAAUACAAAAGUAGGAGAUGGUGAUAAUUUUAAAGCCGAACUUACUGCAGGUACCGAGAUCGAGCCACCGGUGACUGUAAGUAAAUCACGAAUGAGCAUAGAGGUGAUUUAUGAUCGAAACUCAGAUAAUCAGGAAAAUAAAUCAAAGCCACGACAGCUUAUCGAGAUAGACGAAGACGGAGAGAAAUUAGUAUUGGACUCUUCGCAAGAAGAGAAGAGUUGCCUUGAUAAUACUAAGACUGAUUCAAACUAUAAAAGCUGUAACGAUACUAAAAGCAGUGGUGACUUCAGUUACAAGUCAGUAUCGAAGACCACAGAUUCUUCCAGUGACUCUAAAAUGGAUGGCCUACUAAUAAACGGCAGUGAAGGAUCCAGAAAGACUGACACCGAUGGCACAGCGAGCGUGAAAUCAGACAUAUCUGUCAGCGAGUCUUCCGCAGAUAACGUAAGUGAAUAUAAAGGUCCAAAAGAAUCAUCGAACAGUCCUAGUAAAAAGUCCAAGCUCAGCGUCACCUUAUCCAAGGAUGAAAAUCCUGUCGUCGUAAAUGUUAGUGAUAGUGAAAACGACUCAUCCGUCGUUGAGGAAAGUAAGAAUAAAUCUUUGCUCGAUGCGAGCCUAACCCGCAAUAAUUCAAUGGCGAAGGUUAUACAGGUUGAAAAGGAGAUCAACGUAUGUGUAAAGCUGAGAUGUUUGUUGCAACUAGAAGAAACAACCAAGGAUAUCAUGGGGAAAGAAAUAUUGAGUGUACAGUGCGAAUCAAUGGGGAAACCGUCAAAUUGUCAGAGAAGUGAGGACACUACCGGUUCACUUGCUGACAUAUCUGGUAACGAUAACAAAGACAUGUCUCUUGGAUCGGUCACCAGUAACACGCAGCCUUACCAUUUGGUUCCAUCCAGGUUCUCCUUAUUGUCGACAGUUAGUUCCUCUUCAGCUUCCAGUGCAGCGUCGCUCGCCCAGAAAAUGGCUGCAAAGGACGAAUCCCACUUUCCCUUACCAAGAGGUCCUGCGAAGCACAAGAAAAUACACGACGCCGUAGUGGAAGAGAAACAAGAUGAGGUCUGCGAACACCCAAAGGACUGGAAAAAUGUUCGCUUACUAACGACCUCGAUACUCAAUUGGGUGAGUUCAGAGUUUAGAUCAGUGGAUUUGCAUAACGGAGGCACCGAUCAGCUGGACGAUCCCCUAAGGAAGAUAAGAUCUUCCACGCCGGAGAUAGAAUCGGACAAGAAGGAGGAUCUGGUACAGAUAACAACGCCGAAAAGUUCAAAGAAAGGCAGAGCGACUAAGAGAGUGCGCAGCAGAAGCAGUCGAAGGCCUUCGAGGACCGUCAAUUCAAAAGUCUCGCCCAGCGUUUUGAUAUCUCCUUCGGAACAGGAGGAGACCGCUACAAGAGCAGUCCCUAAAAAGAGUAGAAAGGGUAGCGUAACCAGCGACAUCCCGGCCAGCAAAAUCACCACUCCGGUUGAGCCUUCCGUCACCGGAGAGUACGCUAUGAGAUCGGUUCCCCAACGGAGGAGCACCACUCCCCAAAAUGUUCCUCAGUCGGAGAGUCUGAUCGGCAGGGAGGUCUUCGCCAAGUGGUCGGACAAUAACUAUUACCCAGGCAUGGUGAAGGACAAGUCCAAGGAGAAGUACAAGGUAAACUUCUACGAUGGUAAGAGUAAGUUGCUGUUGGAGAGCUUCGUCAUCCCGAUACCAAAGAUGCUCAACGAAAGACUUUCCGUAUACGUAACCACCAAGGAUGACUACGGAUCCCCUGGAAUAAUCAUGGAGGUAGAGACCGUUCAGGAUGAGGUUUAUUACAUCGUGGAGUCGGACGAAGGAGAAAUGAUCAGAGCGCAGAUUAAGGAUAUAUUUUUAACGCCCGAUCAGGCACAGGUUUUGAGAGAACAGACGACCGUGGACACCAAGAGUCUCCUACUCUCGCCACAGCAUCUGGGCCAAGUCAGCCUGGACAACAUGGUUGAUGGUAAAAGGCGGUCGAAACGAAUCGGCACGCCCCACUUUUCUACCCCGACCCGGCCGAGACAAUUGAACUUGUCCAUGGACAAGAGUAUAGAUGUGGCAGAGCCCUCGAGCUCGGGGGUAACGCCUCGGGCUUCGAGUAAGGAAAAAGUACAGUCUGAAAGUGAACACAAGACCAGUGGGUUUAGCUCUUCGGAUGUGGAUGAGACGCACGGUCUGUCUGGGGUUCAACCAGAAAUCCCCGGUACUCUGGAGGAACUGGUGAAGGGACCUCAGAGUAGAAUCAAGGGGAAGCAGAAGAGCAAAAAGAAGGCCGACGACCAAGAAACGAUCGCCUUGCUGGGCCCUAUACCGCGGUCUGGGUCCAACAUCUUCAAGGGCUUGUCCUUCAUUCUCACUUGCGCGUCUCUGGAAAGUAUGGACAAGUACAAAAUGGACAGCCAGGAGUCCAACUCCGACCCGGGCACCGAGAACGAAGAGGAGUGGUCGAAGAAACCGUUUGCCAGGGAUCGCUUGAAGAGGCAGUUGACGGCGGGGGGAGGAAAAGUUUAUGAUAAUUUCGAACAAAUACCUCAAGAUGAGUAUGGGAACACAAAACUAAUUACGAACGUGCCAAAUCUUACGGCGAAGAGCAUACAAUGUCUGUCUGUCGGCAUUCAUGCCUACAAUCACAAUUGGGUUAUUCGUUGUUGUCAACAGAAUAAACUGGUGAAUGCGGCCGAAGACGAGUUGCCUGCUGGAUGGAGUUUGGAUAAGAGGAAUUAUGUUGAAAUGUAUCAACGAACCAACCAAAAGCCACUGACGCAUUUUGUCGUUGUUAUACCGAUAAUACGUUCGGAUAACGAGUUCGUUCCGUUCUGGCGACAAAUUUGUGAAAACGCUGGUGCUACUGUUUUAUUAACCGAUAAACCAGGGUCUAAUCUCAUCCAAGGUUCCGUGGUGCUGACCAAUCACAAAUGUCCGACCUGGUUAGUCGAGAAAGCCAACAGUUGGAGCAUUCCCCUAGUUUCAACCACAUGGAUUGUACAGUGCCUAAUCGAAGGGAAGCUUUGCCCUCACGAUACGCAGGCGAGCUACAAGUACGAUUACAUUAAGGCUUAAAGUGCUCUAUUAUUGAGAGUACGAGUUCGCGUUCCAGUCGCAGAUCAUUUUAGAACCACUUCUGUGGAGGUCGAUCGCAGCUACGUAAACUACGUGGUUUACUACGAGGGUCUAUCAUUGUCAACGUUAGUACAAUGUUGUACAACCUGCAUUUCAUUCUGUUACGUAUGUUGCUGGAGUACCUCUUUGGAAUUAUGUAUUUUCUAUUUGGAUAAAAAUUGAGCGCACAUUAGACCUUCGGUGUUCGCUUUAUUUUGUUUUUUUUGCACAAUCACGAGUUUUUAAUUUGUCGGUUACAGCAAAGGUGUCGUUAAACGAGCGGACCAGUUUAUUGUUCUCGAUUUCCCUACAGACUGAGUUUUACUCUAGGAGACGGAACGCCCGAGAUUAUGAAAGUAAUUGGUUAAUCGUCAUCGCAAGGAUCAUUCACGAUUAUGUUUGUUAUUUAAUUUUGGCUAAUGGUACGCCCUAGAUAUUGCCGAUUAUUUGUAAAAGUUUUAAACUACCCCAUAAGUGAUCGCGUGAAAUGGUUAAUUUUAUAUGUUCAAUGGGUUAGAGUAAUGGAGGAAGUAAAUGUGUUAGCCAAAUUACAGUUUGCACUGUAUGUAAGGAAUAUGUUUCGAACUUCAUUGUGGCUUCCACAUUUCUUAACGAGGGGGGUAGAGCGAUAUUUUAUAGAUUUAAUGUACUUUCGAUUUUAAUGCCAACACAUCUUAAUCUGUUAACUGGGGAGUUUUUAAAUAAAAUUUAUACCGAUGCGUUCGUUAUCCCUAAUUAACAGGUUAAUAUUUGCAGAAGCCGUUCGCUUAGCUUUAAGCGACUUGUUUAAGUUGUAAUAUUGUAUUCUAUUUUUUCCUUUUUUUAAUUCUUAUGUCGUUUGAUUUCAUUGAAAAGCGGGUAUGCCGCAUGGCGCGGAAUUAUCUAAAUGUAACGAGAGAAGUGUUUGAUUUAUUUUCAAAACUCUACAAGAUGUGCGAACCAAAUAUUUGUGUAUAAAUUCAGAG